UCGCGAAUGAAACUUUCUUGAGGCUGGGAGAGAUAAUUUGCCUCGAUCGACGUUGCCCUCUUGACCGCCUACAGUUGGCUUUCUGCUAAUGAGGACAGCUCAUCACGUCAAUUAGAUUGAUGUUUUCUUCUCAACAAGAUCCAGCCGGCCAUGGACAUCGUUGACGACGGAGAAAAUCAUUCCGCUCUUCAGGCACAGUUGACUCGAACCAAUUCAAUUCGCCAAACUGUGACCUCCUUUUCCUCUAUACAAGAAAUCCUGUUUGUGACAGUAAUAUGCAUGUCGCAAUUUAUGACCCAGGUGGGAUUGGGAGCGUGUCUUUCCCCUUUAAACAUAAUCGGCGAUUCAUUUUCUAUCACCAAUCCCGGAGAUCUAAGCUGGCUCAUCGCCGGCUAUUCUCUCACAGUCGGCACUUUCAUUCUCUUCUUCGGCCGCUGCGGUGAUGUAUUCGGGUACCGAAUCGUCUAUAUCUUGGGCUUUUUAUGGUUCGCAAUCUGGUCAAUGGUUGCAGGGCUCAGCGUCUACUCAAACGAUGUUCUUUUCAUCUUCGCUCGCACGCUUCAAGGACUUGGACCAGCGAUGUUACUUCCAAAUGGACUUGCAUUGCUCGGUGCUGCAUAUCCACCAGGAAAGAAGAAACAUAUGGUCUUUGCAUUGUUUGGUGCUAUGGCUCCCAACGGAGCGUUACUGGGCGCCGUUUUCGCCGCGAUUAUUUCCCAACUUGGCUGGUGGCCAUGGACCUUUUGGUCAAUGUCUAUAUAUUGCUUCCUACUUGCCAUCCUUGGGGCAAUCGUUAUCCCAGCAGCGUACAGUCCGGCUCGGGAGAUGGACAUUUCGCAGAUUGUUCAGGAACUUGACCUCCUUGGUGCUGCAUUAGGGGUGACUAGUCUUGUUUUAGUCAACCUUGCCUGGAAUCAAGCCCCAGUGGUAGGUUGGGAUCAGCCUUACGUCUACACUGUCCUGGUUAUCGGUUUUGUCUUUCUACUGGCCUUUUUUAUUGUCGAAAUGAAGGUUUCGCCAAAGCCUCUUAUUCCCUUCCAUGCUCUCAAUGUGGAUGUAUCAUUCAUUCUUGCCUGUGUGGCUUGCGGCUGGGCAAGCUUCGGAAUUUGGCUUUACUACUUUUGGAGGUUUCUUGAAAACAUCCGUGAUCUUUCGCCCCUUCUCAGUGUGGCCCAGUUUACACCUGUUGCGCCCGUGGGAAUAUUGGCGGCCUUCACGACCGGUGCCUUGAUGAGCAGACUCCACCCCGGGUGGAUCAUGUCACUUGCAAUGAUUGCAUUUACUUUUGGGAAUAUAUUGUCGGCAAUCGCACCCGCUGAUCAAACUUACUGGGGGCUAACCUUUGUUUCGCUUUUGGUUAUGCCCUGGGGCAUGGAUAUGUCAUUUCCUGCGGCGACGAUUAUUCUUUCUGAUGCGGUUGGCAGUCGCCAUCAAGGAGUUGCCGCAUCUUUCGUCACCACUAUAGUCAACUAUAGUAUA